AUGUCGAAGCCGACGAAGGGUGCUCCUGCUGAUUCUGCUGGUUCCUCCGUUGGCGGACCGGAAGCAUCAAAUGAUGAUGCGAAAGUAGCAUCAGCGAGUAUUCUUGGUGGUCUGGGCAAAGUGUCAUCGCUAACACAAAACUCACUUGGAAAAGCUACGGAUUUAACUACAAAGCAUUUGACGAAAGCUACAGAUGUAACUACAAAACAUUUGACAAAAGCGACAGAUGCAACAACGAAACAAAUUGGGUCGGCUCUCAAGCAAUCAGAAGAGGCCUACGAAACGAGUCAAUGGUGUUUCUUGGCCCGCUUCAUUGGUCAAUUUCCAAAGUAUUUUCCUCGAGUAUUUUCACUCACCUUUGGUGUACUCGUUCCGUUGUGGUUCCUCAUUCUAAUCUCGGCUGGAUUUGGAAUCAUUCUCGCAGAUUAUGAAGCUACAGAAGAAAGAAUAUCGAAUCAUGACAUCUUGGCAAGUCGAGCAAGAAUCAAUAAAACUUUCGUGGAGAGGAAUGAUAUAGGAGGUCUUCCUGUUGAUUGCUUCAUCCAAUAUUUGAGUCAAUCCAAUCGAUCGCUUUUUGAAGAACGAAUCAACUUGUAUCUCCUUGCUUCUUCCCGAUUCGAGGAACUGGAAGCAUUAAACGAAACCAACAUGACAGAUCCUUACUUGAACUUUACCACGGUCAAUGGCACGGAGACGAUACAAGGCAGCACAAAUAUCUUCAGCAGCAUCGCCAAUGCCAACGCAACCAAUGUCACGUUGGGCCUCGACAGCAACAGCACUGCGAAUCACACCAUCUUUUCUCCCAUCAUGAAUUAUACACUUGACGAUGUAGUCACGGAAACCGAACAGGACAUCUUGAUGUACAUAACCCAGUGCCAAGCAAAGCAAACUGCUGAUAUUCAGAUAUAUCUCGAGGACGAAGCCAAUUACGGUGAAAGCAGUACAAGUUCUUUGUCUUUCAAUUGGAACCGUUGUUACGCCAAAGAAAUCAAUGAGGUGUGGGGUUCCACGAGAUUUGUCUUCUUUCCUCCUCCUGAGUUGAUCGAGGCUUCGCAUCCUUCGCAACAAGAAGCUGCCGUGGAGACCGAGUUCGUCCGGAUCCUCAAUGAAUCAGAGAAGGCGUGUCUCGGUGAUGGUGGAGACGAAGAAGAAUGCUUUGAACAAGCUUUGGAGGACGCCGCUGGGGCUGCUGGGGAUGUUUGUCAUGAUAAUGUGGAGGGCACAAGCUGGUUUUUCUUCACCAUUAUGACCACAGUCGGGUAUGGAAACCAAGCUCCCGUAACAGAUGAAGGCCGUCUCCUUAUUUACAUUGCUGGGAUCGCAUGUUUGAUUCUGUUUGCGGCAGUUUUAGGUUCUUCAGGUUACAUCAUACUUGCAAUCUUUGAUGACUUUGUUGAUCGAUUUCGGCUGUCCCGCUUUCUACAGUAUCCUUCAGUCGGUGUUCUACUAUGGGGAGGAAUUUGGAUUGGUUGGGCUUAUGGCAUUGCCACCGAUGCGGACUACUGGUGGGCUGAACGACUCCCUGACUUUGAUGUCGAUCGAGACGACUCGCUAUGGUUUGCGUUCAUUUCCACAUCUACCAUUGGUCUUGGUGACUACUUUUUGCAACCUGAAGUCAUGUUUGCAAGUGACGCCUUGAAAUUCAGCGCUGCUUUUUUGAUUGGGUUCGUCUUCCUAUCAACCUUUCUGAACAAGAUUGGUGAAUUCCUCUUUUCAAUACUCCCAAAGCGAGACAACAGUCUAGAAACUAGGCUGCAGAAGACCAACAUCUUCUUUUGGAAGCACUGGCCCUGUAUGAACUAUAUCAAAUCGGACUAUCUCCGAUCCAUUGGGUACAACGAGGAUUCGGAAGAAACCGAUGAAACAUUGGAUAAGCUGCAACCAAGUCAGAACCAGAUCGAACGGGUUAAAUUGGUCAAGUCACUCUUGCAGAAUCAAAGCCUUCCUCCUCCACUGAACACCAUGCAUGCUGAUAAUGAAGAAGAAAAGACUAUGGAAGACUUGCUGGACGAGGAGGAGCUAAUAUUGAAAGCACUGCUGGAAUCAAUUCCGCAAAGGCGCAAUGAAAUGCGAGAUGCUACUAGGGGAGCUAGCCCAGCAGUGAAGGCAAAACCACUGAUGACGGGAUUGGUGCCGUUGCCAGAUGAUGACGACGAUGUGUUGUCCGCGUAG